AUGGACUCGGCCACCCAACCUUUAGGGAUUCUUGAUCUCUCUUCUGAGCUGCUCCUCAUGGUAUUCGAGGAGCUUAAAGCCUCUUGUUGGGGUCGUAUCUAUAAGAUUCGGGCUAUCAAGAAUGUGCGUCUCACUUGCCAAAGAUUCUGCAGCACCAGCUCCCAUCUGCUCCUGGAUUCCGUCACCGUCGAAAUGAACUUAUGUUCUGUUCAACGAUUCCAGUAUAUAUCGCAACAUCCACUCAUAGCCUACGGGGUGCGGUCAAUACGUGUCCUACUACACUACUAUAGUAGCUCCCUAGUUAAGGACCUAAGUGCUUAUGGAGAUCAUAAUGCGACCAAGAUACGGGAUAUCGCCCAAAAUGUGCAACGUGCAGUGAAUAACACUUAUCUACAAUCCACGGAUGUCGUUUUGAACCGAACGCGCGAAGAAUGCCGCCAAGUGAUAAAGAUAGCUGAGGCAUGGGAAAAUCUAGAGCAAAGUGACGACGAGGGACUGUUCAAGCGCAUGGCUCAGUCAGGCCACCAUAUCUACCGAUCUCUUUAG